GUGCUGUGGCUGUGCUGCUGCUGUGUGCAUGCGUGGGGUCGAGCUAAUCGAGGGCAGCGGGGCCUGGCUCGGCGUGCUCGCACGCGGACUCAGCUUCAGUACCUUUGCUCUGUAAAGGCAUGCUGCGUCUUUCGCUCCAUCGCGUGCGUCCACCGGUCAUCCAAGGGCAAAGCCGAUUCAACAACAACAAAAAAACAAAAGAAAGGCACGGGGGCAGGGCCGAAGCGAGGGCCACGGCCAUUUGGGCGCGCGAGAGGUCUGGUGGGCGUGCGGAUUCGCGCCCUCCGCGCCCUCCGUGCCGGCCUGCGCCGCGCUGCACCGGAGGACGGAGGCGGCCUUGCCGCGCCGCGCGGGAGGAGGGAGGUGGCCUGCGCCGCACGGGAGGAAGGAGGGAUCUGCGCCGCGUCGCGCCAGAGGAGAGCAGCAGGCUGCGAGGCGUCGAUUCGGAGGUACUAGAGCUGAAGGAGAGGAGCCAUUACCACGCCGUGAAGGGGAGGGACGCUGCUUCCUCUAGGUUCGAUCUACAGCGAGGGGUUUCAGGGUUUCAGCAGCUUGUGGAAGGCAAAUGAUAGAAUCGGAGAAGGGGGCGCCUCAAGUUGGAUUGAGGUUCAAAAAUCUAGAUGAAGCUUGGCAGUUUUGGGUGGCAUAUGGAGGCCGUAUGGGCUUUGAUGUGAGGAAAAGAUACAAAAAUGUGAGCAGAUAUGAUGGUGAGGUGACUUCAUGCAGAUAUGUUUGUUCCAAUGAGGGUCAUCGAAGGAAAGGACAGUCAGAUAAUGCACCAAAGCUUUUUAGAGCUGAAACAAGAACUGAUUACAAAGCUCGGAUGAGUCUUAUAUUGGAUCGAGAAGCAAAAAAUUAUGAAGUCACUGAUGUUGUGCUCGAACACAAUCACCUCCUUCACUUGCCAGAAACUCGCCACUUGAUGGUAUCACAAAGAAAAAUUUCAGAACUUCAAGUCUUUGAAAUCGAGACAGCUGAUGAUUCUGGAAUUAGACCAAAAGCUGCACGUGAGUUGGCUAGUCGUCAAGUUGGUGGAUCACUUAACCUCAGCUACACAAUUAAGGUGAAGGAGAAAUGGGCUGAAUGUUAUAUGAGAAAUGUCUACACUUUGGGAGUGAGAAGCACACAAUUAAGUGAGAGCUUCAACAACGCGUUAAAGAACCAUCUGAAAUCAGAUUUUGAUAUUGUUCGAUUUUUAAAACAUUUUGAGAGGACAGUGCAAGAAAAAAGAGAUAAGGAGCUGGAGGCUGAAUUUGAGGCAAGGAAAAAAAUACCAAGAAGACUAAUGAGCACACCUAUGCUGAUGCAAGCAAGCAAAGUGUAUACUCCAGCUAUUUUUGAAGCUUUCCAAAGUGAAUAUGAAAGAUCCAUGGCUGCAUGCAGUAAGGUAUUGGAUGGAAAUACAUAUGGCAUUGCUAUUGGGAGUUUAAAUGGUGAUAUCUUUGAGGAGGAGCGCAUAGUUACAUGUGAUCCUUCAAAGCAAAUUGUGUCCUGUAGCUGUGGAAUGUUCAGUAGAACUGGAAUAUUAUGUGCACAUGGUUUGAAAGUUCUUGAUUUAAUUAACACAAAGACAUUGCCGGCACAUUAUAUAUUACCGAGAUGGACUAGAGAAGCAUGCAAAGGAAAUAUACAAGAUAGUCAAGGAAGGAACGUGGUAGCAAAUCCUAAGUUGGAAGCUCAUCUUCGGUACAGAUCUUUGUCUCAUAAGUUCCUCAAUUUGGCAUACAAAGCAGCGAAUUAUCCAGAGUGUUGUUUGAUGUUAGACAAUGGACUUGAUUGCCUUGAUGCACAGCUAGAGGAUAAACUCAUAGUCAUUGCAUUGAUUGCUCCCAUGAAAAAUUCAUGUAAUGACCAAGAAAAUGUUGAGCCCAAUGUGCAGCAGAGAAAUAACUUGGUCAGUGCAGCACAGCUAAAGAAAAAGGAGGUCCAGCCGAAAAGUUCAAAGAGGAAAAAAUCUUGGAUUGACAAGUUGCAAAAAAGGAAGCCUAAGCCAGCUAAAUCUACCAAACAAACAAAAAAAGCAGCAAAGGAGCAAAAGAAAGAUGAUGGUGUACAUCCCCAAGUAGAAGAGAAUGGUGACAGCAACAAAGGAGCACCUGUGGAGCUUCAAGAAUGCAGUAUCAUUCGCAGCUUAGGAAUUUUUACCGAACUCCUAACAUCUCCAAGUUGUGAUCUUGGUGAUGAAAAUCAGUUCUAGAAUGUGGAUUCCAACUUAGUGAUUUUGGACAUACCUAACCACAGUAUUUGGUUAGCUAACUAUAGCAUUUUGUGGCCUAAUUGUACAAGUGAAAUGGCCUUUACUUUGAAAGGUUCAGCUGCUGGUCUAUUGCACUAGAAUGAACAAUAUAUGUUGUAAUAAGCCCGCAGCUGCAAGACAGACAAUACCUUUCCUUUUGUAUCUAUUUCAGUUAGUGUCCUGAAGAUAUAAAGUAUGAACUUGUUAAUUGGGGCAAGUUCUUAAAGAGUUCAGGGGAUGAUAGAUGUGUCUAUUUUACUACUGAAUAUUUCCUAUUUGUUCCCUAAAAUUCUGUUUGAAUGAUUCAGAAUUCCAUGUGUUUGUGA